AUCACCCAAAAGUCGGCCCCUGGCUUCCUCCUGUUGUCCUCGUUUCCUGCAUCGACGCGAUGGCAUUUGCCUCGAAAAAGGAGGAUGAGAGCGGGCUGAGCUCGUACUACAACAACAAGACUACGAUUAUCCAAGAGGCUCGCGUAUUCAACGAUACACCUGUCAGUGCUCGAAAAUGCAGGGCCCUACUUACGCGGAUCGUCUAUCUCUUGUACAUCGGAGAGACCUUUGGUACCCAAGAGGCGACCACCCUCUUCUUCGGCACCACCAAGCUCUUCCAGAACAAAGAUAGCGGACUCAGACAAGCAGUUUAUCUGGCCAUCAAGGAGCUCGCGACGACCGCUGAAGAUGUGAUCAUGGUAACGAGCAGUAUCAUGAAGGAUAUGCAAGCCAAUGCGGAGGUCAUUUAUCGUCCCAAUGCUAUCCGCGCCCUUGUCCGUAUUAUCGACCCCUCCAUGGCUCAAGGCGUCGAGCGAUUCUUCAAAGCUGCCAUAGUCGAUCGCAACCCGUCCAUCUCAUCCGCCGCGCUCGUCUCCGCCUACCACCUCUUCCCCUUUGCCAAGGACGUCGUCAAACGCUGGGUGAACGAAGCACAAGAAGCCGUCAAUGCCAAAUCUUCCUCUGGGUUCUUCGGUUCUGGCGGUGGUGGUGGCGGGUACUUGGGAUUCGGAGGGGGAAGCAGCCAGCCGAGCGGACACCAGGCGAUCCAGAGUACGAGCUAUGCGACGCAGUAUCACGCACUUGGGCUGCUGUAUUUGAUCAGGCAGCAAGAUCGGAUGGCGGUUACGAAGAUGAUUCAACAGCUUGGUGGAGGCAAGAGUGGGGCAGGGACAACGUUGAAGAAUCCGAUGGCGUUGUGUAUGCUCAUCAGGUUUGCGGCCAGGAUUAUUGAGGAUGAUCCCAACGUCCAGAGGCAGAUGAUUGAGAUGUUGGAGGGUUGGUUGCGACACAAGAGCGAUAUGGUCAACUUUGAAGCCGCCCGUGCCAUCGUCGAGUUGAAGCAUGUCCAGCCAUCGCAGUUGACCAAGCCCAUUGCUGUCCUCCAACUCUUCUUGUCAUCGCCCAAGCCUGUUCUCAAGUUUGCUGCGGCUCGAACACUUGCUGCCCUUGCCCUCACCUAUCCUCAAGCUGUUGCCGCAUGCAACGUCGAUCUUGAAGCUCUCAUCGCCGAUCCUAACAGGAGUGUGGCCACCUAUGCCAUCACCACCUUGCUCAAGACUGGUAACGAAGCCUCUGUUGACCGCCUCAUCAAACAAAUCACUGGCUUCAUGACCGAGAUUAGUGAUGAAUUCAAGGUCAUCAUUGUCGACGCUAUCCGAUCCCUCUGCCUCAAGUUCCCCACAAAAUACUCGUCGAUGCUUUCGUUCCUUUCCGGCGUCUUGCGGGAUGAAGGCGGUUAUGACUUCAAGCGCGCUGUGGUUGAGGCCAUGUUUGAUAUGAUCAAGUUCAUUACCGACAGCAAGGAGCAGGCAUUGUCGCAUCUCUGCGAGUUCAUUGAGGACUGCGAAUUCACCAAACUCUCUGUUCGAAUCCUGCACUUGCUUGGUGUGGAAGGCCCCAAGUCUCCUCAACCCGCCAAGUACAUUCGAUACAUCUACAACCGAGUCGUUUUGGAGAACGCGACUGUCCGUGCUGCCGCGGUGACCAGCUUGGCCAAGUUUGGUGUGAACUCUCCAGAGGAAAGCUUGAAGCGCAGUAUCACUGUCUUGUUGAGAAGAUGUCUGGACGAUGUUGAUGACGAAGUUCGGGAUCGUGCUGCACUUUACCUCAAGAUUUUCGAUCGCAAACCCUUGGCUGACGCGUAUGUUAAAGAAGAAUCUGUCUUCUCUCUGGCCGCCUUGGAAGCCAAGUUAGUCGCAUACGUGAAGGACCCUUCUGCUGCAUCCGAGCCUCUUGAUGUUUCGUCUGUGCCCAAGAUCAGCCGAGCCCAGGCUGCACAAGAAGCUGCCCGACCCAGCAGCCUCGAUACCAUUGGUGUUCCCGUUGCCAAGUCGGUGUCCCCUGCACCACAAGCACCCUCGGCAGCAGAGACACAGUCAGCGUACCUUCAACAACUUGCGGAGGUUCCAGAGUUUGCAUCGUAUGGCACCGUGCUCAACAGCAGUGCGACGCCGGCUCAACUCACAGAGAGCGAGACCGAAUAUCAAGUCACCUGCGUCAAGCACAUCUUCAAGGAACACGUUGUCUUCCAGUUCAAUGUGUCCAACACUCUUCCCGAUACCGUUCUCGAGCAGGUCUCUGUGAUCAUGACACCUUCGAGCGACGAGGACGAGACUCCGCUGGUGGAGGACUUCAUCAUUCCCCUGCCAUCUCUUUCAUCCACCAAUUCUCCAGGCAUCAUCUAUGUUUCCUUCACCCGAACAGAUCCCGAGACCUAUGCCCUCGGAUCGUUUGCUUGCACGCUCAAAUUCAUUAGCAAGGAGGUUGAUCCUGCAACCGGUGAGCCUGAGGAAGAGGGAUACGAGGACGAGUACCAGCUGGAGGAGGUCGAGCUCAGCGCUGGUGGAGACUAUAUCAUCCCCAGCUAUGCUACAUUUGGUUCGGAAUGGGAUCGUAUGCGGUCAGCACCGAGCCAGACGGAGACAUUCACUCUCUCUGCUAUGGAGAGUCUGAAAGCCGCUUGCGAUUCCAUCAUCGAAGUGCUCAAUAUGGAGCCUCUGGGAGGCACGGAAACGCCACAGUCGACGUCGGUGCAUACCCUUCAAUUGUCUGGACUGGCGACAGGAGGUGGUGGAAAGGUUUUGGCCCGUUGUCGCAUGACCUAUUCCAGGGGCGCUGGCGUUACUCUAGAGCUUUCGGUGCGGGCAGAGAAGCAAGAAGUGUGCGAUCUCGUGAUUGCCGCUGUUGGUGGUUAG